AAAUGGCGACGUCGGCCCCUCUCAAGACCACGCAAGCACUGCACCAAGAUGCGCUGUCAAGGGAAGCAGCCGUGCGAGGCUUCCCUAGGCUUGCCAUGCGCCAAUCGCAGCGAUUCCGCGAGGCCGUUGUAGAGGCGUCUUUGUCGUCGCUCUCGUCCGACGACGCUGGCGCAGUUCCAAGUCGUCGGCGCCCGCUCUGGGGCGAGACGGAAGAGAAUGUAGCGACGUCGUCCAGCACUCGAAUCGAAGACUUGCUUCCGACCUACUAUGUUCAGCACAAUGCACGAUGUGGCACCUGUGCUACGCCGCUCUAUCCCGGAUUGACCUCUCGGAAUUCAACAGAGCAGAGGCAGCAUUCAGGCAUGUCAUCGAGUGCGAGGCUCUGCACGAGUUGCUUGACAACGACGAACCCCGGCAGACCCAUCGUUGAAGCAAAGUCUCGUUUUGCUCCGACGAGAAGGGUGAAGCGCCGGGACCCGGAGCAUGCAGAAGCACCACGGCCGCGUUAUCAAGGACUGCCGCCAACAGAAAAGGCCGCCGAACGUGCGGAUUCGGAUACAGCCGCUGUGAAGAUGAGCACCGCGGCUCGAGACGGAAAGGAUCAAGACCUGGGUGCGCUCACACUCGAGCAAAGGGCCGCGCUACUGCGAAGGAAGAAAAAAGCGGAGAGCAGCAAGCAUAAAAUUGAAGGGGAGAACAGGAGCCCUCUUCCAACGGCUCUGCCUCCUCACAAUACGAUUGACGAAAGCAGCAAGGUCACUUCCUUCGAGAAGCAAGAACUUGAAAGCCGAAGCGAGAAGAAAAAAGAUGCGCCAAAGCCAAUGACGCUGGAUGCGAAGGCGAACAAGCGGGCAAAGAAGGGGCAGACGACCAACGACAAGUCUGCUGCGCUUCGGGCUCUCCUGCAGAAGGACAAGGACAAAGACAAGAGCGGCAGAACGGGUGGGAGCGGCGGCGGCGGAGGAGGUCUGAUGGACUUUCUUGGUAGUCUUUGAAUGUAACAUUAGAUGUAUUGUGCAGUACAGAUAGUAGUAGUGGGCGAAUUGGUCAUCGCUUGGCCCUCUCGGCCCUGCUCUGCGGCCUUGGCCGCCGCGAGAUGCUGCAAGAGCGUCGAGGUCACGAGUUUGGGGAGUCUUCAUAAACCAGUGGCGUGGCCCGCCGCUGAUCCUGUCAGCAUCGGCCGUGCUGCCGUCGCUGCGCUGUUGCCCCCCACUUUUAUCAAAGCUGUUCCUCGCGUCGACCUUGGCGGUGCGCGGCUGCUGCUACAGCCGCCUCUGCUCUUGUCCCUCUUUGGCGCCCUCUUUCUCCGA